UUAGAGCUCCUAUGGGUGGCUGCUUGCUCGGUUGCUUUUUGGCACAGGUCAAUGCACAAGAGUCGCGACGCGUCGCUUGUAACUUGUUUUCUAAACCAUGUGGGCGAAACGAUGUUAUUCAUGAUGAUGAUGACGAUGACGGUGACGAUGACGUUGCUCGCUGGUUGGGCUUGCGGGGGUGGUCCAAAUUAGCAUUUGUAUCAAACAAAAAACACAAUGCGAAUGCGCUGGAAAAAUUCAAGCCAAUAAAAAAAAGGGAAUUAUGCAAUCGUCUGCCUUCUAAGGGAAAACAGCAAAUUUGCCAGUUGUUGGCAAUUUUCGUAGUUUUUUUCGACUUUUUGCUCACAUGCACAGGUGAUAAAUUAGGGCGUGCUCAACGCUGGCUACAUAGUCCGCAGCCAACACGCCACAGACAUAGAAGCAUCGCAUAGCGAACAGCGCGAAUAGAUUCCUUCGAAAAUGCAGAUCAUCAAUCUGCUCCUGUUUUGUGCCUUUGGCUAUUGUGCAGCCGCACAACGCCGCUAUUACUAUAACUAUCCACAGUGGCGAGCACCACCCUCGGUCUACAGCCACAAUACACAGGGCACACGCCAUAGUCGCCAGAGCUCCAGCACCAGCACCAGCAACAACAACAACAAGAGCGAAUUGGGCUCGGUGAAUCCCAAAUUUGCGGGCGCCGGAAAUCAGGAGCUGGACGAGCUGAGCUCCGACGUGGGCGACGACCGAUCUCUGUUGCUGAAGAAGAAACUGAAGAAGUUUUAUCGACCCUAUGCAGCGGCUGCUGCUGCAUCCUAUGGCUACGGCUCCUAUGGAUAUGGCUCCUAUGGCAGGCCCUGCACACCUUUCGGACGGGAUGCAGCCAGCCAAAAGGAUCCGACGGAACAGGGACGUUUCCUGUUCGACUUGAACGUGUACAAUGUGUAUCCAGGUGCUGGUGGCUGUCGUGGCUACGGCGGCGGCUUGGGUGGACUGGGCGGUGGCUUGCUGUCGGAUCCUGUGCCUCCAGCGCCGUUGCCGGUGCCGGUGCCAGUGCCAGUGCGUCCCUAUGCCCCAUUGGCCACCUGGCUAUCACUCUUCGCACCUGGCAUUCUGCAAAACAGCCUGGCAGCCACGGUGCCUGGUGUGCCCUACGCCGAUCAGCUGCCAGUGCGGCCCGCUUCUGCCUCGAAUGACCCACAGAGCGAUCCCGCCGUGGAUCCCAACUAUAAUCCAGUUCCCGUGCGUCGCCCAGUUCCCAAUCGCGUCUACUAUGACUCUGCAGGCGCGCCACCUGUGACGCCGGGUCAGCUAGUGGGCGGCGUCUCUACGACCAUCAAUGGAAUAAUUCAACAGCUAACGGGCCAAGUUCAGCCGGUCUACCAAACAGGCGUCUAUCGUGCGAGAAGCGAUCGCAGUAGCUAUGGAUAGACCCAAUUUCGAAAUUUGCAAGCGAUUAGUAUUUUAAUUAGGUUUUAUGUUAAGCUUUGAUUAAGUGGAAAUGAAUGACGAAAUAUAAACAAAAUA